AUGGUCGCCCCCGAGCCCGCGCGGCGGCCCCUGUGCCGGGAGAUUUUGUGCCACCCGGGCAUCGCUCGCGUGGACGACGUGCAGGUUCUCCAGGAGCAGAUGAGGCAGAAGGACGCGGAGGCCGAGCGCCUCAGGCGUUCCAAGGACGAGUAUUACCAGGAGAUGGUGUCCCUGAAGCGGAAGGAGUUCUUGAGGGCACCCUCCCCCGCCUCCUCGCGGGGCUGCUCCGACGACGCCUCCGCGUGCGAGGUGGCUGCUGCCCGAGCGGGCGCCCUCGGGCCCGGCCUCGGUGCGGCCAGCCUGGUGGCGGACGGCCCCGCCGGCGUCGGGCCCAGCAGCGGCACCCCCGUGCUGCGGCGCGGGAAGACGUCGUGA